UUGUUUCUACGUCCUCGCUGAAAAUGGAAGGUGAUGACGCUCAUGAAGACGCUGCCGACAGAUGGGACGACAAAGAGGAGGAAAUCGACGAACCACAGCAGAACGGAGAGCUCGAAACGACGGUGGAACAUCCCAACCUCAACGCCUCCGACGAAGUAUACUCGAGCGUGCGGAUUUCUCUCGUUUUUUCCCCCAUGUUGUUCAUGGGAGAAGAUCUAUACCAGCGAAAAAGAGUUCGAGCUAUGAUCUACCGUUAUGAUGAUGCUUCGUUCAGUCUGAUCGAUAUUGAGGAUCUCACCCUGGACACGAUAGUUCUGGUGGUCGACGACGAUGGCGUGGAUUUCCAACGGGGUCUCGUUUCGGAGAUCACUCAUAAUGGAGUAUCGGUGGACCUCCUGGAUUAUUUCGGCGUCAAGGCAGUUCCGGCGGUUUACGAGUGUCCCGAGGAAAUCCAGGCGGAAAGACCGGCUCUCAGGAAGUACUCAUUGAAAUCCCCCCCACGCACUGAACCUAUCAUGCGGGGACGGCGAGUGAAGUUGAUUUGUGAUUUCUCCGACAAGGACUACGUCGAAGCCGACAUCGUUGAAUAAAAUCGUUCAGCAGCUCCCCUCGAUAGGGC